UUCCUCCUCUGGGUCACACUUGCUGCUGAGAGUAUUAAAGCCUUUUCCAGUUCCAGCUCUGUGAAAGUGUCUCUAAAGUCUCUAAUGGUUCUGUCAAGUAUGGAGUAUGCUAAAACAUUAGUUCCUACAUCUUUAAUGAGGUCUGUGUCGACGGUACAUACCUCUCUUGCUCAGCGAAUGCUGAACCCUCCACAGACCCGUCCAUACAGGGUAUGCACACAGAGCCGCCGCAGGAGGAAAGGCUUCAUGGCCACCUCUCUCGGAGACCUUAUGGACAAGGUGGCCAGUUCUUUCUUGAUGACAUGUCAUUUCCUUACACUGGUGCUAGAGGAUGAUGGGACAGUGGUGGAGUCUGAGGCCUUCUUUCAGUCUCUGCCCACUAACACUCUGUUCAUGGUCCUAGAGAAAGGGGAGGUUUGGACCCCCAAUAAACAGGUUCUGCCAAGUUUCAGACAGCCAAGGAGAAAUGGGAUUGCCAAGCUGAGCUUCGACCUGUACAAACUCAACGCACAGGAUUUUCUGGGAUGCCUGACCAUUAAAGCCACACUCUAUGAGAUAUAUACAUUGUCAUACAACAUCAAGUGCACCAGAGCCAAGUACUUUUUGAAGUCUUUACUGCGAUGUUUCAUGUACGUGGCCAGAGUGGCCGGUCAGGUUCUUCUGUGUGGCUCCACAUAUGUGCUUCGCUAUAUUGGAGAAGAGGAAUGCUGCAGUUAAACAUCACCAGAUUACAAAUACUGUAGUUAAAAUAUAUAUAUAUAUAUAUUAAUAAAAUAAAAUAAAUACAAAUCAAUUCUGCACUUUUCUUUUUUCAAUUUUGUUUUUAAUUUUUAAUUUUUUUUUUGCUGUGACAGAUAAAUGCUUAGACAGCCUGAAUAUGUUUUAUGUCUUUGGUACAUUAAGUUUUAUAUAGGAGAACUGUUUAUUUCUAAGGUAGUAAUUUUAAAUGUUGUGUAUGAGUGUGUACUGUGAAUAAAAAUCAAGUGCACUACAUGUGAACUGAAUACUCUGCAUAUCCAUAGGUGGAUUACAGACCAGGCCAAUAGGGCCAGUGCCCAGGGGCUCUUGACUACCAGGGGCCUAGGGGGGCCCUGGGCUGCAAGGUCUAGCGGCCCAUCAACUUAAAAAACAAAACAAAUGUUUAUACACGCUUAAAUAUGUGUGCCUCAAAGCCUAGACAAGGCCCCUUCAAUAUGGCCCUGUGACUGUGAAGACCCCCAAGCCAUCUUAUAGGGCCCAUUUGCCUCCCUGUUUCUAAUUAAUUUUUUUGAGCCACUCUUUAACAGCGCUUGUAUCAUAUUUGAUACAUGAUUAUAAAGCCCCUACAUCAUCAACAUAAUCAAAACUUUACUGAAAAACCUGUUGUAUGCAAUGUACUAGAUAUCUACUGCCUCCUGGUGAAAGUUUCUGUGCUCUUCUGGAAGUAGAAGACCUUGUAAUUUCAUUUCCAAAAUGGCUGCCUUCAUGUUGUGAUGCACUUAUCUUUUUGAUGUGAAAUCUUUUCUGAUUUUGAUAGAGUAAAAGUAACAACAAUGUUUAUAUUGCAACUGAUAUUUUGAAUUGAGUAUUUACUGAAUUGAAGCAACAUGUGCUAACUUUUUUGUACAUUAUUUGAUAGAAAAAUCGUGUUGAAAAAUGUGAUAAAACAGGAUUUUGAGGUACAGUAUAUAUUUGAAUCAUCAUUACAUUACAUCCAUGCCCACCACAAUAAAAAAACUUUUAUGAGAUAUAUUUAAAGUGUGAACA